AUGGAUGAAAAAUUGAAAGCAGGUCAGCAAACCCACAUGGGUGUACGACUAUUGAAGGAGAUCGACAACUUUAGAGAAUUCAGUGGUUGCCUCAAAUUUUGUCGAGGUGAAGUGUUGAGCACGGAUCAUUGGCUGGAAAUGUUUCGACUUCUUCAACUACCCAGGCGCUUGAAUGCGAGAGCUCAAGGAGAGGUGACGAUCAGGGAAGCGAUUCAGGAGCUCGAAAUGUGGGCAGCACAGGCCGAAUUUGCUUUUUCUGACUACAAGCACUCGAAUGGCAGCAAUAUGAAAGUCAUUCGUGACUGGAAGGAGUCGAUUAAUUCAGUAAGUGUCACGACUUCAGCUUUUCCAGGGGCAUGA